AAGUUUCAAACGAUGAUAAAAUUAUUUGUUAAAUUGAUAUUUAGAAGUUUUAUUGUUGUAACAAAAAGUUAUCUUUUUAUAAGACAAAAUUUCCUUUCACAAAAGAUUUAAAGAAUCAGAUUGUGAUUGUGUUCAAAUCUUAGAAAUCAAAGAUGAAAAAGACAGAUGGUUCGAGAGAAAAGAAAGAGGUAAACGAGUGAGCAGGAAAGAGAUGACAAUAGGGAGCUAUAGAGAGGGAAACAAAAUGUCGGCAGAUUUCAAUAUGUUUACUAGCAAACGAUUACAUCCAACGUGACAUGCUUGACAUUGUACAAGAAAUGACUAAUGAAAUGGUAGAAAAGUUGUGGCGUGAUGGCCGUAUCUUUUAAUCGAUAUCUCAUUUUACCGGAAAUCGAGAAAAGUGACUUCAAAAUAUCUCAAGAAAACAAGCAUAAAUACACGGAUGAAAGUACCACAAGAAAUUUAUCUAAUGAGCAAAAGACUUCCGUAAUACCGGCAACUGUACCUUUGUGUGUUCUGGGUGAUGUCCAGUUACGUUUCCUGUGUCCAGAUGAUUUGGAGGAAGUACGGGCACUUUGUCAAGAUUGGUUCCCCAUUGAUUAUCCUUAUUCGUGGUAUGAAGAUAUAACAAGUUCCUCACGGUUUUAUGCACUUGCAGCUGUAUAUGGUGGAGUAAUAAUUGGACUCAUUGUUGCAGAAAUAAAGCCUUAUGCUAAGUUGAACACAGAAGAUCGUGGUAUUUUGUGUUCAAGCUUAGGAAAUGAUUGCUUAGUGGGUUACAUUCUUAGCUUAGGUGUCCGUCGUGCAUAUAGAAGAAAUGGGAUUGCAUCAUUAUUAUUGGAACAAUUAUUAGCACAUGUCACUGCUCCAGAACGCUCUUCCGUAAAAGCAGUCUUCCUGCAUGUAUUAUCCAGCAAUGCACCAGCUAUAUUGUUUUAUCAAAGAUGUCACUUUCGAUUACAUAGUUUUUUACCAUAUUAUUAUGUAAUUCAUGGCAAAUGUAAAGAUGGUUUUACGUAUGUCCUCUAUGUCAAUGGGGGCCAUGCACCACGGGGUAUUCGUGACUGGCUACGUCAUAUAGCGAGUGCAAUGGCUAGUCUUGGACCUUGCAGAAUACCACGUUGGAUUUGGCAACGGCUUCUUUGGGUUACAACUAUUCUUUCAUAUCAUAGAUGAUACUUUUUGACAAAUACCAAUGUUAAACCAAAUACUCUUGUGUUUCUCUUGUGUUUAAAAAAAUGCAUAUAGCACAGAGUCUGCUAAUUUGGAUGUUAUGCCUACUUAAGCAAUGAAAUUAUUAGAUUUAUAAUUGUUUUCACAACUUUAGGAGUAAAAUUAUUAUGAGAAAUAAUUUAUUGCUAAAAUGACAAUACUUAACUUAACAAAUAUCAAUUUUUAUUUAGUCAAGAGAAUAUUCAAAGAAUUUUAUUAUAUUUACUCUAACAGAAGUUAUCAAAUUUUAUAAUUCUUUCACCAUGGAUUAUAUUAUUAAAUGAUUUGAUAAUUUAAGGUUUAAGAUAAAUGACAUAAAUAUUAUGUCAUAUAAAGCGUCGAAUAAAGCGUUUAACUGCCAGAGCAUUUGAUCGGUUCAAAAUAUUUAUAUUCAAACAUCUUUUUGAAUACAAUAUUUGCAUGUUAAAGAGAUUUGUAUUUUGUUGAAUAUAACAUUCAUAAAACAUUGAAAAAUAGAACUCGUUGCAGAGUAAAAUAAAGCAUUGGUGACGGGAUAAAACUGAGAAAUUUUGGAAACAUUUAUGACUAUUUUAGCUUUUUCCUAUAUUUUGUUAUAAUUGACUCAAUAUUUUCAUAUGCGUUAUUAUGUUGUUGAUUGAUAUGUAAUUUGCUAUUCCCAACUUUACAAAUAAUUUUAUUAUCAGUUAUUUCACAAAUCUUCAAGUAUUCAAAUUUUAAUUCUAAAUUUAAUCUUAACUAGGUUUUUGAACAGUUCUUUCCAGCAUACUAGUCAUUUUCUUUUGGAAUACUUCCAAAUAUUUUAUUUCAUCUCAAAUACUUAUUCUUAAUUUUGUUAAAAAUGAGAGAUUUGUUUUUUAUUUAUUCAUUUUGAUGACAUUGACAAAUAAAUCAUUUUUUUAUCAUUCUUCAUUUAUUAUAUCAUUUGUUUAAGGUUUUUUCUAAAUAUCUAUUUUAUUUAUGAUUCUUUUGAUUUUAUUUAUGAUUAUGAUUCUUUUUGUUGUUAAAUUCAAAUUCUUUUUAUUUAUCAUUCAUCAAAAUUUUCUACUACUAAGUUAUUCUUUGUUUCUUAUCUUUUAUAUGUCUUGUUUACUUCUUCUGUAUUACUAAAAAAUAGCUUUUCUUAAUUAAAUAAGAAGUACAGACUUCUGGGGCCAUGUCGCCCGUCACCAGUUUAAGCACCACAGGAGGACUAUUUCUCAAGCUUCUCAAACUCAUUAUCACUAAUUCUAACUAAGUGCAAUACUGAUUAUUAUGAUAGUUGAUAGUGUUGGGAGUGACUGCUGAGCAUGUCAUGCUUACUCACAUUUUUUAUUAUAUAUGAAAGAAGACCAUCAUUUUCAAUGCUUCUAAUGAAGCAUUCAUUUUCCAUGUAGAUAUCAUUCUUUAAUAUAAACAUACAGUUAUAAGAAGUCCUCUUUACAAUUAUAGGAUAACUUUCAGUCCCCUUUAGAAAUUAUUUAUCAAUUACUCAGAUAUAUUAGAAUUGGUUAGUUUUUAACGUUUUACAGUUAAGGAAUAAUUUGUUGAAAAAGAAAGCAAAAGUUCUCAUAAUAAAUAUAUCAAUUCAAAUAAGAUUCAAUUACUAUUCUUAUUGAAGUAAUUUAGUAUUUAAUAUUUUCUGUUGUAAAAAUUCACAUAAAUCAUUACAGCUGGAAAUAUUCCUACAGGUAACUCAAUAUCAGGAUAAUGAGGCAGAUAAAUUGUAUUAAUUAUAUUGACUACACUUUAUUAAGUUUUUUUAAUUUAAAAGUAUUAAGCUUUAUAACUUAAAGUUCUAAAGGGGAUUUAGUUUCAGUGGACAUUACUAGGUAUUACAUAGCAAAUAUGAUAUUUUCCAUGGUGAUAGAAUACAUUGAAUUGCUUCUUGUUUUAGGCUGUGCAUGUAUCCUUUAAUUAAAAUGUAAUGUAAUACAUAUUUUCUUUGUAUUUUAUUUUUAUCAAUCAUUUAGAAAUGAGAGCAUUGUUUACAUUUACAUAUUCAAACAAAAGAAGGAGCUUUCGUAUUGAUGAUAUAUAUGAAUGUGAGUCAUGAAUGUGUGUGCAUAUUAUUUAUACAUAAUGUACAUAUAUAUUAAAUGUGUCAGAGUAGUUGUACAUACUAAUGUAUUGACUUUGUUUGUAAUAAAUUGACAUGUUACAAGUUU